AUGCCCGGCCCGAGCCCGACCCAGAAGCGCCCCGCCCUCCCCUGGAAAACCCGCUGCUCCAUCUUCCUGCUCAACGCCAUCACCGACUUCUCCAGCCGCCCCAACGGCACCGUCAACCGCAGCGCAUUCCGGCUGAUCGACUCCGCCGGCUUCAAGGUCCCCCCCAAUCCCAAGCCCCGCCGCGGCGUCACCACCUCCGACGUUUCCGUGGACCCCUCCCGCAACCUCUGGUUCCGCCUCUUCACCCCCGCCGGCCCGCCCGAAAAAUCCGGAUCCGGAUCCGGCCAGAACCGGCUACCCGUCGUCGUCUUCUUCCACGGCGGCGGAUUCGUCUACCUGGCCCCCGAUUUCAAGGGCUAUGACCACGUCUGCCGCCGAUUCGCGCGGGAGGUCCCCGCCGUAGUUGUCUCCGUCAACUACCGCCUGGCGCCGGAGCACCGGUUCCCGGCCCAGUACGAUGACGGCUUCGACGUCCUGAGGUUCCUAGACGACCGGGCUGAUGUCCUGCCGCCGAUCGCUGAGGUGUCGCGUUGCUUCCUGGCGGGAGAUAGUGCCGGUGGGAACCUAGCCCACCAUGUAUUGGGAGUUGUAGCCAUACAACCUUUUUUAGGAGGAGAAGCACGUACCAAGUCGGAGAUGGAGUUGGAUGGGAUUGAUCCUAUUGUGUCGAUGAGCAGAACUGAUUGGGUGUGGAAUGCGUUUAUGGCGCCAGGGCCAGGAAUCGACCGUGAUCAUGAGGCAAUCAACAUUAGCGGCCCUAAGGCUGUCGACAUGUCCAAGCUCAACUUCCCUGCAACAAUGGUUGUUGUGGCGGGGUUCGACUCCCUCAAGGACCGGCAGACCAACUACUAUGAGUGGCUGAGAAAGUCGGGCAAGGAGGCCUACCUUGUCGAGUACCCCAACAUGAUUCAUGCUUUCUACGUUUUUCCGGAGAUUCCCGAGACAACCCACCUCAUUUCCUCUACCAAACACUUUAUCGACGACCAGUGUUCCAAGCUCGUCAACUAG